CGACCACUUCGGGGCUUGUCCAUUUUGACGACUUCCAGUCUGGGAUUUGGUCAGCUUGACAAAGCACCAAACCCGAUCCCUGACAGGGCAGACAAGGACGCUGGGGUGUGGCCAAAGCGGAUCCCCAUGGCAGCUGGUGGCCGGGGCUCUGGCAGGACAGUCGCAAUAUGCAAUCUGGCUAAAGAUUGGGAUAAAACAGGAACCGACGAAGAGCAGCAUCUGACCGUUGGAUGCUACGAAGUCUUCGACUUGGUCGAAAACCAAGAGUUCGACGAGCCCACUCCGGCUGUCACCCUAAUUUUACCCCACAAACGCAGGCAAUAUCUGCGAAAUGGCAUGAAGCAACAACGCAUCAGGUUCUCUAACAGACCUCGUCCAGCAUCCGGGCAGUGGGGUUCCGGCAACGUCCUGCCCAGUCUGCCACACUGCAUCGCGCUGCAGCUUGCAGCAUCUGAUAACGGCACGGCCGCCUGCCCACGUGAAGCGCGUGUGCAGGGUCGAUAGGCGAGUGCUCAGCCGAGGUCGCUUAGACGAGAGCGGGAAGCGGGCAGCAAACGCGGCCGAGUGGCAUGGAACGGGAAGGAGGAUGACGACGAAAAGAAGUCGAGAGACACAUCCACGACAAG